UGCUCUAAUCGAUUGAGCCCGCGCAGCAGCUAUAAAAGGUGGCUUUGCCCAGCCGACUCUUCUGGUUUCGCCGAACUACGUAUGUGUGCCAGGUGUGACGUUAAUAUGGCGAAACUUGAACUGAAACUGCUCGGAAUAGUUCUCUUCUUGGUAGCCGCUCUCGAGGCUCAGGAAACCCCCGCGACUGAAUCAUCUCCAGCCACGCAAGCAGCAGGUGGAGCUUCAGCAGUAACCGAGAGCAGCUCUGCCGGAGAAACCACUAAAACUGGAAUAGAGGCUACUGGAGCAACCACCGAUUCCACAGACCAUACUGAUAAUAUGGAGAGUACAACACACCACAGCUCAGAACAUAACGAGACACAUACUCCAGAAAAUGGGGGAGAUCCAUUCGUCAAGCCAGGAAAACACAGACCGGGUCCACGCCAUGUGAAGGCCCACGAUGGCUUCCAUAACUUAAGGACGGAGAAGAACUGGGCUCACUGGAACGACGCCUUCACCACACCUCGGGUCUAACUAUCCUGUACUAUUUAUAACAUCUUUCUUUGAUGACAAUUAAAAUAAAACAAACCCCAGGAUGAAAGCCAAAUAUUA